AUGGCGUCGUUGAACCUGUCCAUCAACGGGCCUUCUAUAAAGAGCAGCUAUGCUGGAGUCGUCAAUGGCCCUCCUCCAGCCAGUCCUUCGGCCACGUACGCGCAGUGGGCGCUCUUCUCCGUGCAGGCUCCCUUGAUGAACGCCUUCCAAGAUAGCGCUUCCAAAGAGAGUAUCCUCAAGGUUGAGAACACGGGAGAUGGUGAGCUGGCUGAUUUAAUCGAGGAUUUCAACGAGGGCCGCAUUCAAUUCGCAUUUGUAAAGGUCAAGGAUCCCAACACAUCUCUUCCCAAGAACGUCCUCAUUGCCUGGUGUGGCGGCGGUGUACCGGAGCGUACCAAGGGCUAUUUCACGAGCCAUCUCAAUGCCGUGGCCAAGGUUCUCCACGGAUACCAUGUCCAGAUUACCGCGCGCUCUGAUAGCGACUUGGAGCCUGAAUCGAUCAUGCGAAAGGUUGCCGAUGCUUCCGGUGCCAAAUACUCUGCUGGCGGCUCCGGUGGUGAAGUUCGUGCAGCACCGCCCCCGAUCAAGUCAAAGCCGGUUUUCACUCCAACUGCUUCUAGUACUGGUAGAGCAUUUGAUCCUCUUGUCGCCGCUCGUUCUCGAAGAGACGAGAAUGUUGAUGCAGAAGGAUGGGGAGCCGAUGCCCCCCCGGUCACGAGAUCUCAGAUUGAAAAGGUCGAAUCUGCCUACAAGCCCACAAGGGUCAACAUGGCCGAGCUCACCAAGCAAAAGCCAGAAGGUUCCCGGUUUGAUGCCGGCAGCCGGCAGCCAGAUAGACCUAGCGACGUUAUCGGAGGAGGAUAUCAACCUGUCGGUAAGGUAGACAUCGCCGCUAUUCGAGCUGCCGCCCAGAAGAAGGACGAUGACCGGCCCACGCCCAUCAAAGGCGCAUAUGAGCCGGUUGGGAAGGUCGAUAUCGCGGCAAUCCGAGCCAGAGCUCAGAAGCCCCCUCCUGAGGAGCGAGAGGAAGCGGCUCCAGAGCCACAGCCUCUAGUCGACAGAGCCGCAGCAUUUUCACAGCCCCAGUCGGAGAGAAUGACAUCAAUGCCUAAGCCCAAGGUCGCUAACAAGUUUGGAGGCGCGUCCACGUUUACCGGUACCAAGGCGCCGACUCCAGGAGGCUUGGGCUUCGGCGGACCAACUCCUUCUGCGGCUGCUCCUGUUGGAGCUGCAAGCCGAACUUUCGCUGACGAAGGAGGCAAGACUCCCGCGCAGCUUUGGGCCGAAAAGAAGGCUAAACAGGGAGGAUCGACUGCGGGUGUUGGAUCUUCACCCGUCGCUCCAGCACCUGUUACUGCCCAGAAGAGCGGAGGUGAAUCCUGGAAGAGUGGCUAUACCGGAAAGUCUUGGGCACCUGUGCAAACAUCUGGCUAUUCCCGAGAUGCCCCUGCCGAGGCCAACGAACAGCACACUGGCAGCAGUCAAAGAGGAGUUGCCGAAGAUGCUGAUGACAACGGUUCAGGCGUUUCAGCUCUGAGAGAUCGGUUCAAGGAUACAUCGCUUAUAGGCUCAGCGCCAACACCUCCUGCGCCCCGCCACGAGGAAGAGGAUGAAGAGUCUGCUCCUCCUCCGCCUCGAGUUCCCGAUAGCUCUAGACCAUCCGGCGGGUUUGCUCUUCCCGGACUUCCCAGCCGACCGCCCGCUCCCGAAGAGGAGGAAGAGGAGGUAUACGAGCCUGCUGAGGGACGGGAGCCGUCACCAAUCCGAGUGGCCGCGCCCGUUGCCCGUGCCCCAGAGCCGGAACCAGAGCCAGAACCCGAGCCGGAGCCGGUGCCUGAACGACGGCCGAUGCCGCCUCCAAUGGCCGUCCAAGAACCGGAGCCCCCAGUCCCAGUGGCCUCUCGACCACCAGAGCCUGAACCCGAACCUGAGCCCGUGGCUGACCACGGAGCUGCCGCCGGUGGUCACCGCGCUGUGGUUCAGUACGACUACGAAAAAGCAGAGGGCAACGAAAUUGACCUGAUUGAGGGUCAGAUCGUGGUCAACAUUGACAUGGUAGACGAGGACUGGUGGAUGGGUACUAAUCACUUGGGCGAGAGUGGUCUAUUCCCCAGCAACUAUGUUGAACUGAUUGAGGAAGAUGUUGAGGCAGCUCAAGCUCCUGUGGCUGCACCACCUCCUUCUGCGCCGGAACCUGCCGGCCGUGGAGCUCCAAGCGCUCCUGCAGAAGCUGGGCCGACUGCUACGGCUUUGUACGACUAUGAAGCGGCAGAGGAUAAUGAACUGUCAUUCCCGGAGGACGCUAAAAUUACAAACCUUGAAUUCCCUGAUGAGGACUGGUGGUUCGGGCAUUACGGAGGUCAUGCUGGUCUGUUCCCGUCCAACUAUGUGCAACUGGACUCGUAG